AUGGCAUCACUUCGACAGAUCUUGGCUUUGUCCAGAUCGGACGAAAAUCCCCCGCGGUCUCGUCUCACCUGGCAUCGUCGGCGUCGUACAACAACCAUACCUCCGCCGUAUCAGACAGAAUCGGACAUUGUACCAGAUAUUCCCGACUCGGAGUUUCAUCGUACUGACCCGGAGCGCACGAGCGAGACCGUGACCGCGGCAGAGAGCCCUGCUACUGUUCAGCACGACGAAGACGCACCGGCAGAUGACGAUGGCAGCCAGCCUUCUGGGCAUGCAUCCACUAUCCAAGAGACUGCUCGGAGUCUCUCUCGACCUCGUGGCUCUAAUCCUCUAAAAAGCAUCAUUACCCGCUUCCGCCACAACAAAUCCAACAAAUCCAGUGAACAAAGCGAAAGCUCGGAGACAGCCCAACCACUCCAUGAUCAAGCAGAAAGUGAGGGAUCAGAAGCACCUGUCAGGAUUGGCCUUUCAGGCCCUUUUUCUCCUCUAUCUCGGAACCCACCUUCUGCCGGGUCGGAGGCGACAGAGCAACAGCGAACUGUUAGCACUCAAACGGCGGAAACACAGGACUCCCAAAAUACGAGCGCAACAGUGCAUCGGCACUCUUCUCAGCUCGGCCUUCAGACACCAGUUUUAGAAUUGCAGCAAGAUUGCUUCUCGCCAGCUUUCUUCGCAGACUAUGUGCCAGAGACCAGUCACUUUGCCGAAGGAUCAGAUCCCUUUGCGGACAGAAUCACCGUGGAAACUACGGCACCUCCGACGCUUGCCCAUGCACCUUCAAAGCGCUCUUCGAGUAUUGGAUCCACCCUGAUGCCCACUUCACAGCUUCCUCCCAGUGGCCAGACCUUUUUCAGCUCCCGCCAUACAUCUAAUGCCAGCUACGCGAGUCGAACUUGUCGACUUGAUCCAGUGAGGGCUGCUAAUGGAUUCAAUUCGCUUUCGGAACAGUACAAUCUCCAAAUUAGACUCGACGACGAAAUUAUCGCAAAUAUUGAAUCCACAUCGGCGGCAAAUAAGGUAGACCAGGACCACGUUCAUACCCGAGAUCGGGUACUCCGUCGAAUUCGCCCAGUGCAAUCCAAUAUGGAGAUUGUCACUCAAGCACCAGUUCCUGGACCAUCGAUGCCAAAACUGCGACGAACGAAGACAUUUGCAAAUCUGACUCGUCAAAAGAAGCCUAUGACUGCCCUACAGGGAAGGUCUCUGGAAUCUAUGUCUCGUCUUGGUGGACCUAGCUAUCUCGUCUGGGGGUCGAGAUUAAUUCCUGGACCGUUGCAAUUACCGACAUGUUUUGUGGCGAUGAUUUUGUACCUCCGGAAAUAUGGUCCCAACACAAACGGUCUAUUUAAUGAGGGCGGCGACACCCGAGCUGCCAAUCGUCUGUACGACUACUUUGCCAGUGACGUAUUGGACGCAGAGAAGGAAGAUUCCAAGAUUGCGAUAAGGCUGCGGACGAUCGUGAUACCACAUUGGGAGGGCGAGUCAAACUUGGAACAAACAUUGAUUGUAGGUGUUACAUUCCAGGCACUUUUGACGGGGCUGCCAGACGGGCUCCUCGGCUCUGCCCACCUGUUCGAGGUUCUCCAGACCAUCUACGCUGCCAACAUAGCUGCGCCUAUCCCAACCACUCCAAGAAUCCAGCUCAUCACUUUUGCCAUUAUUGCAUUGGCCAGUGAAAUGCAGCGUUCUUUGCUCUGCGCUACUUUUGGGUUAUUGAUCUGGCUUCAAGGGCCCCAGUCCGGGACACCAAUCCGACGAGUGGCGUGUCUGCAAAAUCUAGAUUAUCUUGCACGGGCUUUUGCACCGACUCUGCUUGGAUAUCGGCACCUGCGAGAUAACCCCGAGGAGGCCGGGUACUUCGCUAUCGCGCGGCUACUGAUGGAAGACUGGCAAGGCGUGAACCGGCAGUUGCGGGAUUGGGUUGCAGGGGUAAAGCAGCAGGAGUGA